AUGAUGGCGGACGCGCCUCUGCACUUUCAAACUAAAUCCCCGACGGUGCUGUGGCAGGUCCUCCACCGUCGUUCGCGAACACAUCGAACAAAAGCAAUUGGCUUGGUUGCGAUAACAUUCCUCUUCUUCUUCUACUUCUUACAACCUUCUACAAAGCGAGUCGAACCUGAUUUCUGGACGAGGUUUCCCUCCCAAUUCCCCUUCCCCGAGCGCCCGGAAGAUGCACAGGUCAUCCUCCCUCCCCGCGCCGAUAUCAAUGUGAACACCACCCUUCCCAGCGGCCUGGACAAGCCCAACCCACGCCUGCAUGUCCUCGUCCCAGCCUCGCGGGGCUCCCGCGGGGUCUGUCGAACCCUCACAUCGGCCAUGAUUCUCGGAUAUCCACCGCCGACGGUGGUCGGUUACCGACACGAGUCCCCCGGGGCGACCGAGUCGGAGCGCAUGGUGGAGCGGAUCACGCGUGCGCGCGACUACCUCCGAAAUAGCAAGACGGUACAUGAUCGUGACAUUGUCUUGAUGGUAGACGGCGAGGAUACUUUUUUCCAAUUGCCGCCGAAGGUCCUGGUCGAGCGAUUCCAGAGUAUUGUACGGUCGAACAACCAGAAGCUUCGGAAGCGGUAUGGAUUCGCACAAGUGCAGGACGAGAAGGAUGAUGCUCCGUCUGAAUUGGUACAGAAGUAUACGCAGCGCGUGCUCUUCGGUGCAAGCAAGUUGUGCUAUCCCGGGUUGCUGGAUGACCCCGGUUGCGUAUCUGUCCCUGAAUCAUCACUGCCUCCGGAUGUGUAUGGCUGGAAGACCGAUGUCUAUCCGGAUGGAUCAUUGAACCGACCCCGUUGGCUGAACCCUGGAGCGGUCAUUGGUCAGGCUGCUGAUCUGCGUCUCAUCUACGAUGAGGUCUUGCGGCUGGUUGAUACGCACGCGAACAAGUCUGGAGACCACAAGGCGCUGACACAGAUGUACGGACGGCAAGAGGUGGUUAGAGAAUUGGAGCGGCGGCGGACAGUCAGCACCUUCAAGGAGUUCAUGUACUACUUGGUUGGCAUUUCCGAUGCAACGAACCUUACCGGGAUCAGUGUCCACCUGGAGGCAGGCCGCCGCUACGAGUACGGUAUCGGCGUUGACUUUGAGUCUCAGCUAUUCUUCAGCCAGAACUCGUCCCGCAAAGAUGUCGAAUGGGUCAAGUAUGCCAACAUCACCAAAAUGUCCGCGCUGCAGAUGCAACACGGCGUCCCACGCGAGCACCGUCUACUCCUGCCGGAGGACAUUGCCGCUCUCCCGAAUCCAUUCGUUCAGUCUCGUUUCGCAAAGGAAUCAACACAGAGGCCAACAUGGAAUGCCACGCUCGACAAGCUCCCCAGCCCGGCUGACCACUCCUGGCUCAAUAUCUCGUUGAUGACGAACGUUCACUCCGCCACGGUGCCAGUUACCGUCCAUCUCGACGAUGACCCUAAGCUUCGCAAUGUCUGGUGGGAAAAUAUGUGGUUCUUCCCGUGGGCUCGCGCGCUGCUGCGCAAAUAUGUCCGUGACUCGCACGGGUUCGACGCCGCUCAAUCGUCGCUGCUGGGCGGGCAGGACUGGUUGGAGGUGCGUGGCGGCCGUGGUGGUAUUUGGACGGAUGAUGAGAGUUGGAUCACUUUUGCUGAGAUUUGCAAGGGCCAAGAACGAGAUCUCUUUGAUGAUGGUUUCGGGCCUUGGUCAAAGGAGCACGAUAAUCCUGAUGAUCCGGUUUACAAUCAGUAUGGGAGACUCGUGGCUGGCAAGGAAGAACAAGACGGGGAAGGAGAGGGAGAGCAAGAGGAAGGGGAGGAUGAAGAGAAAAUCGACUAA